AUGGUCAUUACUGAGUACCACUACCGUCGCCCGGAACAGAGAAGCCCAAUCACUAUCGAAGUUGAAUAUUUGUCCCGUGCGAGCAGAGCGGAACUCAUCAACGACCUCGUGUGGAACUACAGGCAAUUCUAUCUUCCUGUCGUCGAGAGCGGCGAGACAUCGCCAGAAGAACAUCGCAGAUUCAGCCGUGAAUCGGACCACGCGUGGUCCGCGCUCGAGACGGCUUUCAAGCAUUGCGACGGGUUCGACGAGAGCUUUCUCCAAGGCAGCUUGGCAGAUAGUAUGAGCGCAGAUGAGGAGGCUGUACAAGAAGAGACCAAACGAAUCGCGGCACGUCUAAUCGAGUGGGCAGAUGAGAUUGAAUGGCCCGCGGGGGCUGAAGGGGGCCUCUGGUCCACCACGGCUCAGGAUGCCGCUGAAUGCUGGACCAAGACCAGGUUGUUCACUUCAAACAGUGUCUGGCCUUUCACUCAGAGAAUCAGGAUCUAUAUUGAUGCCCAGAUCCUGAAGGCAGGGAUCGUUCUCGCAGACCUGCCCGGCCUUCAGGACACCAACUUGGCCCGUGUCCGUGCUUCGCAGAAGUAUAUCACACACUGCGACCAAAUCUUGGUCGUAGCUCAAAUCGGUCGCGCAAUCACGGACGACUCUCUCCACUCGUCGCUGAAAGAUAUCAUCAAGCAGCAUAUGGCCACGGAGCUGGAGAGCACUGCUAGGAGACCCAGGGUUGCCGUCGUGUGCACAAGAUCUGAUGACAUUGAUGUGGCCGAUGCCUUUCGUCUAUUCUGCGGAGCUGGGGGCAGGCUAGAGAACAGUACCGCAAUGCAAGCCGCAAGACAGGAACUCAGUGCUGCCCAGUCCACUGGGGAUUUCAUGGCGCUCAACGCCGCCAAGGAGAGACAGCGUGUCUUGCUGAUACAAGCACGCAACGACCAUGUCACGGAAGGUCUUCAAGAAGCAUGCCUGUCCCAAAUCCAUACUGGACACCUGCCCGUCUUCUGUGUUUCCAACCAGUUCUAUCAGCAGCACAGCGAAAUGGGCGGCAAGCAAGCAUUUAUCCAAUUAUCACAGAUCCCCAAAUUGCGACAAUUUUGUCGUGCAACAGCGGCUGAUGGCCAGCUGGCCGAAGUGCGCAAUUUCCUGAACUCAAGCCUGCCCCAGCUCUUGAGCUCUAUAGAUUUGUGGGCAAUAGGCUAUGCCACGAAAAUAGCAGCAGUACAGCCAGUUCUUCCUGACACCCGGAGGCUGAAGCAGCUACUAGACCGUGCGCCGACUAACUUGUACGCUUCUCAAUACCACGCAUGGUGCGUACACAAUGGCGAAUACGAGACAAGAAAUCUCAAGAAGAAUUGGAAUGCGGAGAUAAUUGAUCGGAUGCGUUCCGAGCUCGAAUCAGCCUGGUCACUCGUGGGACAAGAGUUCAACAAUACAUUGGGUGAGCUUCGCGAUGAUCUUGCUGGCAUCAUCGAUGAAUUAGCCAUGGAAGCUGGAGGUAUGUCCGACCGGGCUUACGAGAGCUUCGCUGCAGGUGUCAAUGGCCAGCAGCAGAAGAGUGCUAAGAUAUGA